GGAAAACGCUCCCAGACGAAACCAAUUCAAAUUUUUUGUUCUUCUUAUUUCCUCCCUUCUUCUCUAUAAUGUCUGCCAGACGCCAGCUAUUGAGAUCUUCUACCCAGCUUUCUGCUGCCCUUCGCACCUCUGCUCCUAAGGUUGCUGCUAGAACCACCCCUCUUUUGGUUCGUUCUUCUGCAAACGCUGCUCGCGCUUUCUCCACCACCAGGUAAAGUGUACCCGCCGAAUGGGAAGCAAUCUUUCUGCUUCAAUCAGCUAAUAGAUGCUUUCUGAUAAUAGCUCCAACGGCUUCUAUGCUCUUCGUGCUUUGCAACCCGCCACCUUGAAGGAUGUCAGACUCUACAGCUCCAAGUCUUACCCAUCACACACUGUCAUCAACAUGCCUGCUCUUUCACCUACUAUGACCCAAGGUAACAUUGGUGCUUGGAACAAGAAGGUUGGUGACUCCAUUGCUCCCGGUGAGGUUUUGGUCGAGAUUGAGACCGAUAAGGCUCAGAUGGACUUUGAGUUCCAAGAAGAGGGUUACAUCGCCAAGAUUUUGACCCAACCCAACGCAAAGGAAGUCGCUGUUGGUCAGCCCAUCGCUGUUUUGGUUGAUGAUGCCGACGAUGUUGCCGCCUUCGAGGACUUCGUCGCCGAAGACGCUGGCGCUGCUCCCAAGGAGGAGGCUGCCGCUCCUGCUGAAGAGAAGAAGGAGGAAUCUUCUGCUUCCAAGGCUGAUGCCCCCAAGGCUGAAGCUAAGUCUGGUAGCUCUGACGAUCGCGUCAAGGCUUCUCCCAUUGCCCAAAAGAUUGCCAACGAACGUAAGAUUGAUUUGAGCCAAGUCAAGGGAUCUGGACCUGGUGGCAGAAUCGUCAAGGAAGACGUUGAAAACUACAAGCCUGCUGCUGCUUCUGCCUCUAAGUCUGCUGCUGCUCCCAAGCCUGCUGCCGCCAAUGCUCCUACCACUGCUGCUGGACCUGCUUUCACUGAUGUCCCCACUACCAACAUGCGCCGUGUUAUCGCCACCCGUUUGUUGGAGUCCAAGACCACUAUGCCCCAUUACUAUCUCACCUCUGAGAUCAACAUGGAGAAGAUCAACAAGCUUCGUGAGGUUCUCAACGCCUCUGCCAACAAUGAGUACAAGCUCUCUGUCAACGACUUCAUCAUUAAGGCUUCCGGUCUUGCUCUCAAGAAGGUUCCUGAGGUCAAUGCCUCAUGGCAAGGUGACUUCAUUCGCCAAUAUCACAACUCUGAUAUCAGCGUUGCUGUCUCCACUCCUGCUGGUCUCAUCACUCCUAUUGUCGGUUCUGCUGACACCAAGGGUCUUUCUGCCAUUUCCAACCAAGUUAAGGAGUUGGCCGGCCGUGCUCGUGAAAACAAGCUUCAGCCUCAUGAAUACCAAGGAGGAUCUUUCUCCAUCUCCAACCUUGGUAUGUUCGGUAUCCAGCAUUUCCAGGCUAUCAUGCAACCUGGUCAAAGCGCUAUCUUGGCUAUCGGAUCUACCAUCAAGAGAGUUGUUCCUAAAAGCUUCAGCAUCUAAUCAUGUCUCCUAAUUACCCUUAUUGCUUUCCAAAAACCCCAAAACAAACCUCUUUUUCUUUCGCACUUUUGUGUUCAUUAUGACCCCUCUUUCUUUCUAAACCAUCUGACCACUUUUCCACAUAAAAAGGUUACGGUACAUACAUUCAUCUUGUAAAAAGAAGAUGGUGCCUACUACACAAUGACAAGAAUACUUGAAUAAAAUUUAAAUGGCAAGCUUGCCUUUUCAUAGAUAAACAAAAGUGUGAAUGA